UUAAUCUGGUAUCUCUCUGAUCCAAAUGUACGAGAACAGAAACGCGUCACUCGCCUCGUGCAAUCUGCCAUUCGCGAACCGCGAACUGAACGCAGUCACGCAGAACCGUGAAGGCUAGAACGCCGGAUUCGUUUCAUCCACGAAGACCGAAGACGGAGAGAGGACGCAGUCACGAAGUCGGAACGCCGACCAAAGACCGCCAACCUCCCAGAUACCGACGCUGCGACGGCUGCGAGCCUGGUAGCCUGCGACGCUUCACGCCUCCCGAAGACCCGACCGGCGCACGGCCCUGCCUUUUCUCAGGCUGCGAUUCCGAAUUCCUAUUCUUUCCAGAAUCCGGCCCCCUCGCCCCCUUCCCUUCAGACAUCACUUCCUGUCUUCCUGAAUCCCGACUUCCAGAUAAUUGAAUGAAGCAAUCCAAGGAUCCUUUUGAAGCUGCUUUUGAGGAGCAAGAGGAAUCACCCCCUGAUUCCCCUACAGGAGCUGUGGAAAAUGAAGCCCAAAAUGAAGCCUCUCUUGCUCUCAAUGAUAAUGGAACAGAUGAUUUUGCUUCCAUUAAUCAUUCUGAAAACCCUUCAACCUCCUUUGCUGCAACAGCUCCCACCGCAGCUGCUAGCAAACCCAAAGAAGAUGAUGAAGAAGAAGAGGAAGAGCACAUGGACAUGCAGCUAGGAAAGUUAUCAUCUACUAGCGACCCAGAUAAAAUGGCCAAGAUGCAAAGCAUUUUGUCACAGUUUACUGAAGAACAAAUGAGUAGGUAUGAAUCUUUUCGAAGAUCAGGGUUUCAGAAGGCUAACAUGAAGCGGCUACUAGUAAGUAUUACAGGAAGUCAGAAAAUUUCUAUACCGAUGACUAUUGUGAUGUCUAGUAUUGCAAAAAUGUUUGUUGGCGAGCUCAUAGAAACAGGUAUGAGAAGUAGUGUUCGGAUUUGAUUUCUUCAAUGGUCAAGAAAAGACCACAAAGUAGUUUUUUAAACAAUGACAAACACUACUUAUAACAUUUCAUUGUUUGCUAGCUGCAUUCUCGUAUAUCUUAAUAUAAUGGAUAAUAAUGCCUUGGCUAUUGGGAUGUAUGCAGCUAGAGUGGUGAUGUCCGAGAGGAAUGAUGCUGGACCAAUUAGACCAUGUCACAUUAGAGAAGCAUACAGAAGACUAAAACUUGAGGGGAAGGUUCCAAAAAGAUCAGUCCCACGACUUUUCCGUUAGAGAACAAAUAACAAUCCCAGUUCUUUUGAAUGUCUUUGUAUUCAAGUUUUCUUAGUGUUUUCGAUAGAAGUUUUUUAUAGCUGAACUCGGAGAAGGUUUUCCUUCUGUAUAACAUUGUGCAGUGUUAUACCGAUCCUUAUUUUAUACACACAUCAACUGAUAGCCAUACCAUUUCAAAAACUAACGGAGCCUUUCUGAGAUCCCGUUGUAGCCUGUAGGAAUGAAGACACUCAAGAGUCAAGAAUGGACCGGUCUUCCAUCUUUAAUUCAGCAUAUUAGAAAAGUAGCCAGAGUAUUGAAAAUGAAGGAGAAGGAUUUCAUUACUUCCGUAAUACCAGCACAUCAGUAUUUAUAGAGCAGUAGCUCUUAACAGACUUGUAAUAGAAAGUAAACAGCUCAAACUAACUUUAACUGCUAAACUGAAUACCAAGCUAUUACAUUAGUCAUGAAUAUAGUAUUCCUAACAUUCCCCCUUCAAAUUUAGGGUAAUUUAGGGUGAUUGAUUUGGAAGAUCAAUCACACUAAGUUUGGUCUUGAAAUCAAGGAAGGAUGAGGCAGGUAAUGGCUUUGUAAGAACAUCAACAAUUUGAUAGGGAGCUGGGAUAUGGAAUGCAUCAAGCUGUUUUGACCGGACUUGUUCCCUAACAAAAAAGAGGUCAAUUUCCAUGUGUUUUAUGCGAGAAUGAUGUACUGGAUUGUGUGCAAGUUCUACUGUACUAAGAUUGUCACAGUAAACUCUAGGAGUGGUAAAAGGAACAUGAAGUUCCUUAAGCAAAGAUUGAACCCAUAGAAGUUCAGCAACUGUAUCAGCUAAGCUCCUGUACUCAGCUUCUGCUGAAGAUCUUGCUACUCUCAACUGCUUCUUAGACCACCGGGAGAUGAUAUUUUGGCCAAGAAAAAUGCAGGAUCCAAAAGUAGACCUUCUAUCAACAUGAUGAGAUGCCCAGUCAGCAUCACAAAAAGCUGAGAUUGGCAGAGAUAUGGAGGCUAGAGACUUUAAGAAUUGAGUAAUCUGGAAUGGUUCCAUAGAGCUGGAAGUAGGGACUGGAAUUAGCAAUGGAAGUGGAUGGGGUUCUAUUUAUAAGAUGAACUGAGGUUGAGAAGGCAGCAUCCCAGAAUUUGAAAGGUAAUGAAGAAUGGGCUAAAAUGGAUAGGCCUUUUUCCACAACAGUCCUGUGUUUCCUUUCCACAACACCAUUUUGGUGAUGUGUGUGUGGACAGAUUAGCCUAUGUGUGAUCCCAUUUUCAGUAAGAAAAUUGGUGAAAGAUCUAAACCCCCCUCCCUAGUCAGACUGAACAGAUUUUAUAGAUGUGGAAAAUUGAGUUUGAACAUAUUUAUAGAAGUUUUGAAAGGCUGUGUGAGAGCAUCAUAUUUCUAUUUCUGAAAAUAUAU